AUGAGCUCAAGCACAUCAACGCCCCGGUGGGCUGCACUUGCGCGGGACACGAACGAGACCAAGAUCCAGCUGGCUCUGAACCUCGAUGGCGGCGCAUUCCCUCCCGACACAGACUCAAGGUUGACCCAGAACGGAGCCGACGGCCAUGCAUCACAGUCAAGCAAGUCACAGACAAUAAGUAUCAACACGGGUAUUGGCUUCCUCGACCACAUGCUCCAUGCCAUGGCCAAGCAUGCGGGCUGGAGUCUGGCGCUUGCCUGCCAGGGCGAUCUUCACAUCGACGACCACCACACCGCCGAAGACGUGUGUAUCGCGCUCGGCAGCGCCUUCGCCCAAGCGCUGGGCUCGAUGGCGGGCCUCGCGCGCUUCGGGUACGCCUACGCACCGCUGGACGAGGCGCUCUCGCGGGCCGUCAUCGACCUGUCGAACCGGCCGUACAGCGUGGUCGAGCUGGGGCUGAAGCGGGAGAAGAUCGGGGACCUGAGCUGCGAGAUGAUCCCUCACUGUCUGCAGAGCUUCGCGCAGGGCGCACGGGUUACGCUGCAUGUGGACUGCAUCCGCGGUUUCAACGACCACCACAGGGCUGAGAGUGCCUUCAAGGCGCUGGCGGUGGCGAUCCGCAUGGCCACGAGCAAGAUACCUGGCAAGGAGGGCGAGGUGCCCAGUACGAAGGGCACACUGAGCGCAUUGGGUUAA